CCAUGCUGCAAACGCAAACUCAAAAACCCCACCAACAUGCCCGAGCCAUCCAUCAUCCACUCCUUGUUCAUCACGGCCCCUGAUCUCAGAACUGGCUGGUAAGUUCGAGUCGAGUCGAGUCGAGUCUACGGCAUAGUCGAGUCGUUCAACCAACACAACCGAUAAGCUGAAGCAGAAGAUAGGAAAAUGGCACCAAGAAGCGAGGAAGAAAAGCAACGCCGCAAGGCCGAGUACCUGAAACGAAAGGAAGAGCGCCAAAAACUUAAAGAGCAGGAGGCCAAGGCUUCCAAAUCCAAGGGCUCUGGCACUGAUGCCAAGAAAAAAUCGUCCGAGAGCACCGGUGCAUCCGGACCAUCGCCGUUACUGGCACUACCCGAAGAUGCCCUUAAACAGGUUCUUUGCUCGCUAGCUGCACGCGAUCUGGGGAAAGUGUCAAUGACCUGCCGGCACAUGAACGAAGCCCUGCAUGACGUGCGCAUUUCAUUCCUCCUAUCGAGACUUCGACAUUCGCCGGUGGGACCCUUGAAAGAAAUAAGCGUGUGCAAUAACAUAGAUGAAGCAAGAGUGAUGAUUGAUCAAUCACUAGGAGGCGGGGAAACUGGACGGAUGAUUGUCAAACGAAAAGGAAAGAAUGCUAAAAGGAAAAAUGCAGACGAAUUUGUGGCUUACGCUCGGUUUCUGGAUGAAGCUGUGCACGGUCAUGUUCCUCUUGGAUUCAGAGCAGAGGGAGAAAAGACUCCUGCUUUGGCUCCACGCUUUGUCAGCGGACGAUUUGUUUCCGCAUCCCCAGAACAUUCUCUUUGCAGAGCUGGAGGUGAUGGCCAGAAAUGCGGGGCAGGAGGAUCCGGUGUCGCAUCUUGGGGCGUCGGAAAGAGAGGCCAAUGCGGACACGGAAAGAGAGAGGACGAGCAGGAACCAAGGCUCAUCGUUGGUGGAAUUGGAUAUGGAAUCCGGAUAGUGCAAGUGGCAGCAGGUGGUGGGCUGGUUCGUGUUGCCCACUCUCUUCUUCUCACGUCUAACGGCAAGGUUUUAUCCUUCGGCACCGGCCAGUAUGGUGCUCUAGGGCACGGAUAUUCAGCUGCCAAGCAGCUUCCGGAUAUUCUCAGACCAACUUAUAUCGAGGCACUCUCACAUAAACAGUGCAUUUGCGUAGCUGCAGGUGAACUGCAUAGCGCCGCAGUGACGGUUGAUGGAGACGUUUACACUUGGGGCGACGGCUUUUGUGGCCAGCUUGGCUUGGGUGACAAGAGACCAGCAGUUGCUCCCAAACACGUAGAACAAGGUGGCUUGGAGGAUGAAUGCGUUCUCUCCGUCAGUUGUGGAAGUCGCCAUACCCUUGCUGUGACUGAGGAUGGAGAAAUCUGGUCUUGGGGCUUGGGCCACUUUGGUGCCUUGGGCAGGUCGUUCACGCCGUUUGAAUACGAUGCCGAUGCUGCAGUAGUGGCUUUGGGCGGCGAAGAAGCUGCCGUGCCGGUUGCCAUGGGUCAUGGUGCCGCCGCUCAAGACAACGAGCAACAAGUCGCAGCCGAGCAACUGCGUGCCCAUUUAGACCUGCUCUGCAAUCUAUCCCUUGACGAUUCUAGCAACCAGUGCAUUCCAAUGGUGGUGGAGUCUUUGCAGCUGACCAAGGCCAUUGGCGCGAGCGCAGGCCAUCGUCAUAGCCUUUUCCUAGACGAAAAUGGAGCAGUCUACGCCUGUGGAGCUGGACGAAGUGGGUGCCUAGGUGUGGGCGACAAUGACUCUCAAAUGUACCCAGUGAUCGUAUCAGAGUUUGUCAACGAAAAGGUUCGCAUCAUGAAGCUCUCGGCAGGGGUAGACAUCAGCAUGGCGGUGAGCACCACUGGCCAAGUUUACAGCUGGGGUUCGAUGAAAGGUGGCAGAAUUGGACUUGGUGCUGCCAACAGCUACGUCAACAUACCCAGACGAGUCACAAUCCACGACGACAAUGGAGACAAUUUGAAAGCAGUGGACUGCGACUGUGGCUACGUCCAUAGUCUCAUUGUUGCCCUGAACGGGACUGUGCAUGUCUGUGGUGGUGUUGGGACGGACGGAAAGAGCGAUGGCCAGUUUGAAGAGGAAGGCGAUGGUCCAAGUAGCGCUGGUGCUGGAUUCCCCAGAGUCUUGCCUGAUUUCAACCUAUGGCACCGAGUACCGGAACCAAAGGAGCAUGUGAAGAAGGAAAAGUGGAAAAAAUACGGCCGGUACGAAGUGAAAGGUCGUUCCAAGAUGCUGUCGGAAGAAUAGACUUUUUAAAAGUUAAGCAUAGAAUGCAAAGGACGCUAGACCGGCUGCAAUGUACUGUUUGGAUCCGAUAAACUCCCUAUGGGUACCGUCCUGGCU